AUGGCUACAAAUACCGAUCAGCAAAGAAAAUAUCGUGAAGAUGCAAAUGCAGUAGAAAAUUUUUCUAAAAGAUAUUACGAUAUAUUAGAUACACGAAGACAUAACGUAGAUAAGUUUUAUCAACCACAAGCAAAAUUAAUAUGGAAUGGAAGUGAAAUCAAUGGUCAAAGUGCUAUCGCUAAUCAUUUAGUUGCAUUGCCACCAACAAAACAUCACAUUUAUGCAUUAGAUUAUUUUCCUAUGAAAGAUCUGUUUCCCGAUGAAGAUACAACUUAUCAAGUGUUUGUCAGCGGUGCUGCUAUCUAUGGUACACCAGAAAGUACAACAAUAACAAAAGAAAAACGCCUAUUUUCACAUAUAUUCAUAUUGACAGUUGAUGUUGUAACAUCAACAUGGGUUAUUGCUAACGAAUGUUUUCGUUUCCAUGAAUAA